GAGCCGGCCUUCCGGCUUUUUGGCGCGCUGCAUGCUGGGAGGCUGGGGAGAAGCGGAGCCACACCGUUGCGCGGUUUGAGUACACACUGCUUCAGUCAUGUCCAUUGGAGUGCCAAUUAAAGUGCUGCAUGAAGCAGAGGGUCACAUUGUGACCUGUGAGACCAACACUGGUGAAGUAUACCGGGGCAAACUCAUUGAGGCAGAGGACAACAUGAACUGUCAGAUGUCCAACAUCACAGUGACCUACAGAGAUGGGCGUGUGGCACAAUUAGAGCAGGUGUACAUUCGGGGGAGCAAAAUACGGUUCCUCAUCUUGCCAGAUAUGCUGAAAAAUGCCCCAAUGUUGAAAAGUAUGAAAAACAAAAACCAAGGUUCUGGGGCUGGAAGAGGCAAAGCAGCUAUUCUCAAAGCCCAGGUGGCUGCAAGAGGAAGAGGACGUGGAAUGGGUCGUGGCAAUAUUUUCCAGAAACGGCGAUAACUUGGCUUUGGUGAAUUGAAAAUUGUCUAGCAGUUGUGCUUGGCUUUCGGAUGCUUAAAUAAACAUGUUUCUUACGAAA